AUGACUGAAGGAAGGGAUAUUUUACAAAGUCGAUAUUACACGAUUCCUAGAUUUUAUAUGACCUUAGCAGGAUUAUGGCCAUAUCAUUCGAUUGGUAAUAGAUAUCUGCAUUUUGUGCCGACAUUUACAAUCUGUUUUGUUAUUUUCAUACCCCAGCUACUAUAUGUGCACAUUGCCAUGACGGAUAUCGAUGAUCUCUUCGAAUGUGUUCCAACAAUGUUGAUCACGAUAAUAUUUAGUUUUAAAUUAGCGAGCUUGAUGGCAAACAGUAAGAAAGUAAAAAUAUGUCUCAAGACAAUAGAAGACGAUUGGUUGUCAUUAAGUACGGAUGACGAGAAGGCUAUUCUGCAACAACAGGCUGCAUACGGUCGAUGUCUGACGAUAUUUUAUGCAAUGUUUAUGCAGCUGACAGGAUUUCUCUACAUACUCAAGUCGAUCGUAUUGAUACUGAUAGAUGAUACCUCAAACUCGACCAAACUAGCGGUAACGAAAAAAUUACCAUUUCGCGUGGAAUACGGUCACAAGAUAGAUCAAUAUUUCUAUCUGAUAUUGGUCCAUAAUUAUUUAACCGUAUUCUCUCACGUGACCGCUACAGUCGCGACUGAUACCCUGUAUUUUACCUUGAUCCAGCAUGCAUGCGGGAUGUUUUCGGUUGUCGGACAUUCGUUGGAACGCAUUGGCAAAAAUAGCAGUGACAAUUUUGAUCUAAAGCCCAAUAAGAUCAAGGACAUUAAUUAUAGCAAGGUUCUGAGCUGUUUGCGCAAGCAUCUGCACGUCAUAGAAUUUGCGGAAUUGAUCGAGUCUACAUUUGUGAAUAUAUUUUUGGUCAGCGUUAGUUUAAAUAUGAUUGGGGGCAGUAUAUGCGGUAUACAGGUAUUGAUAAAUUUAAAUGAUGCAAAAGAUAUAAUAGCACCUCUCGCGAUUUAUAUCGCUCAACUCAUUCAUCUGUUUCUACAAUUUUGGCAGGCUCAAUUUUUACUCGAUUACAGUGUUCUUCCGUAUGAAUCAAUUUGUAAGGCGAAUUGGUAUUACACCUCGAACAGAUGUAGAAAACUCCUACUUUUGAUCAUGAGCAGAACGGUAGUACCAUGCAGAAUAACUGCUGGCAAAGUGGUGACUUUAUCCAUCGAAAGCUUUAGCGUAGUUCUGAAAACAUCGAUGUCAUAUUUCACGAUGCUGCGUUCCUUCCAUUAACAAUUGAAAUGCGGGGAAGAAUCUGCUGAAAAAAUUUCAAUUAAGAGUCACAUUUAUUCACAUGCGAUGCAUAUUAUAAUAAUUUUACACACGCGGCGAUAGAUUUAGAUUGUUUUAAUUGUCUAAACGUGUAUCGAAAAUAUAGGAUGAAAAAAGUUUUAGGCCAACUAAAAAUUUUCUACCUUUUACUGUAAUCGAAAAAUGUUAUCGUCGCAUCUAUCGGGACGGUUAAUUUUUUUCAUUCUAAAGAAAUUUUCAUUGCUUUGCCAUUUGAAAAUUCAAUUUGUUCAACACGAACAAUAUUUCUGUAAAUUCUGACUGUAAAUAGCGAGAAAGAAUUAGUUACUUGGCAAAGCCACGAUCAAAAGAUUGAAAUGGCAAGGA